UUUAAUAAUUUGGUUAGAAUUUUGAAUUUUUUAUUUUGAACACGUUUUGUGACUACAAAUCAUCACAUGGAUUUAUUUUGGCUAAAGGGUAGGAAGUGUCCAAAUUCAAACAGUCUUUUCCAAAAAAAUACUUAUUGAAUGAAAUGAGAAGAACUGGCGAAUACUAAAGAUGUCUUCUAAAACAAGUCCAUGUCAAAUAUGCGGCUGCACCGGCUUGAAUCUUGUUGAUGGGUUCUAUUACUGUGUUGAAUGUGGUACCCAAGAUACAAAUGUGAGGGAAACUAUUGUAGAGUCCACUAUGCUGGGAGACGGCGUACUAGCGUUUGUUGAAACUAAGAAGAUCACCACAGUACUGCAGGAUUCUAUUCAGAUGAGUGGCGAAUGGCACAAAUGGCACGCUUACAACUUUAUUUUGGCCAAUUUGACGGAUGAACUUAUAGCUCUGGGUGCUAAACCUACAGUCAAACUAAAAGUACUAUGGAUAUGGGUGCGAUAUAUCAAGAAAUUCCAGAAAAAGGAUGAACCAAAGGCCACACAAUUUACAUUUAACAACAUAGAUGAUGAAGAUACACAAAAACUAAGUAAUGAUAGUACAAAUAAAGAAAACAUUGACCAGUGUGAUAUGAAAGAAGACAAAAAAGAGCAGGGGCGUGAAGAACAAUUUGACAUUAAUACUAUUACAAAAGGAAUGUUACUAUCAAUACUCUAUGUAGCAUUAAAUUUGGACAAAAGUCACAUACAGUUGGGACAUCUAUUCCAAUUCAUAAGAGAGGGGCGUUUAAGUGUUUACAAUUGUUCAAAGUUUGUACCGAAAGAAUUAUCUGCCAAGUUAAUACCAAAUUGGUAUAACUUUAACCUUUGUUCCAAUGAAAGUACUAAUAGAUCAAUUCGUGCAUAUGCUAUGACACUGUUUAAAAGGUUACAAUUAGGUGUGCCUUUAGUCCCUGAUUUAAAUAAAAUCAUAGAUAAUUUUAUACAAGAACUGUGCCUCCCAAAUGAUUUCAAAGAUUUAGUCUUAUCCUUAAUUGAUUUGCUGCCCUGUACAUUUUUAGAAAUGGAUAAAAUUUCAAUGAAAUACUACAUUUAUACACCAGAUUAUGAGACAGAGUGUAUGUCUUAUAUCUUGUUAGCUCUUAAACUGUGCUUUGGGCUAGACUGCGACUAUGAAGUUAGAUUAUCUGAUGCAGUAGACAAAAUAAAUACUGAAAGAGAUUAUUUAAAAUCUUAUAAACUUGGUAUGUAUGCGGAGCCCACAGAUAGAUUGUUUUCCUUUCACGAGUGGUACAUGUUUAUGCAGUUUCGGAAAAUAAUAUUGAGUAAGUAUUACUUGCCUAUGGCUCAAAAGUACAAUUUACCUGUUAAUGAUAGUGUAUUUAUGGAGCAUGUUAAAGAAAGGAAGACACGAAAAAUAAAAUUAAGCGAUAACGUAGCUAUGGAUAUUAUAAAUAAAAUACAUACAGAUGAAGUUUUUGUUAUACCUAAGGAAAAAUUCCCAGUUACUUUUACACCUAUGACUACUUAUACGGAAGUUAUAUCAGAAUACAUUAUAGAUCCAGAAUUAAAAUUACGUUUAUGUGAAGACUUUAGUCAAUAUUCACUUAAAUAUGUUAUUAAUGAUUUGAAAUUUCCAACAUCUAUUAGUUCCGAAUGUUUAAUUAAAGGUGUUAGUGAAACAAACAAAACCAUAAAUACUCAUAUAAUUGGCACAUUACAUUCGAUAGUAGGAGAUACUCCUAUAUUUAUGGUAAGGAAUUGUGAAAAUCAAAAUUGGCUUAAAACUAAGCCGCCCAAACCUAAACACGUCACUAAUAUAAACGAUGCUAGGAGUGAUAAUAGCUAUGAUUUUGGCAGUGACUACAUAUCGGAUAUCGAAAGUAAAUCAGACAAUGAAGAAUGUACAAAAAGCGAUUCAGAUGAUGAAAAUCAUGAUAUCAUUGAAGAAGAAGAUGAGGAACUAUCCAUAUUUCAUGAUGAUUUUAAAAAGUUACUAAUACAAGAAGAUGAUAAAAAUGAUGUAUCGAAUGAUUGUCUCGAAACAAAUGAAAUCGACACGUCAGGAUUUCACAGUUUCAAUUUAUAUGAUAGUAAAAUGGAUGUUCAUGAUGAUUCUACUCAAAUUUCUUCUCCAGAAAUAGUCUCACUUCCAGAAAAUUUUGAUAAAGAAAAAGCUAUACAGGAACUAAUAAACAUUGCUAGUAAGAAAUAUAAAAUAAGUUUACCCAAAGAAAAACGUGAACCCAAACAAAUAAGAAAAAGAAAUUCGCGAAAAUCGUUUGAAAAUUGCGAAACUGGAGUAAGUGAACCAAAAAAACCUAAAAUAAGGGAUAGAUGUUGUAACUAUGGCGAGUCACGUAAAUUUACUGCAGAACUAGUCAAUGAGUAUUACGAAAAUGUAAAUAAUGAUGUGUUGCUAAAAAUUUCAGAACAAGUCAGAUCAGUUAUUGAAAUGGCUGAAAAUCGAGAAGAAUUUAACAUCACAAGUGGUUCACACACAGAAAUACAUGCACAGGAUGUGGAAAACAGUCGUAUAGGAGUUAUAGAUGAUUCACUUCAUAUUAAUGGAAAUAAUGAUCACAUAGAAGGAUUGUCAGUUGAUCAAAAUGCCUCUGUCCGAGACGGUAGCGUCCAAGAUGUCACAGAGGAUGAUACAAACAAUGAUUUCGAAGGAGAAAAUAUUGAAGAUUUAUUACCAAAAACCAAUCCGAAAUUCGAUCCGAAAACACACAAUGUUAAUCAAUUAUUUGUAAAUGUUAACGACGAACUAGAUUUACAUAAUAUCGAUGAUAUUGAUAUUGACGAUUCAGAUUUAAAUAAGUUAAUUGAUGAGAAAAUUGCAGAUUUCGCAAAUCAUGAUGGAAAUGUUGUACAAGAUACAGAUAAUGUAAUACAAGAUACAGAUAAUGAUUUACAAAGUGAAAACUCUAGUUCAAGUGAUGACGAAGAUAAUGUACCUCUUAAAUACGUUAAAAAGCAAGAUGAAAAGGUAGAAUAUCUAGUACAAAAUGAAGAAAUUAAUGAAUACAAGUAUUGGAUGAGACAUUAUAAAGCCAAAGCGUUCGCGGCUAGUAACAUAAUGACGGUAAAGUUUCAGAAUGAGGUUAUGUUGAACUGCCCAAAAAGUUUUGUUUCUGUUUUUAAUGAGUGUGCUUCAAUAGUGGACUGUCCGCCAUAUUUUCUUUAUAGAUGCUUACAGAAAUUAGAACAAAGGCUAAUGACUUAUACAAGGACUACAAAAUAGAUUAAUUAAUCAAAG